UUGAUGGGAGAUAACCCAGUGGUUAAAGCCAGCGUCUUUCUUUGAUUCAAUGGUUGAGUACUUCCAGCGGCGGAUCCUCCGUCGUUAAUAUCAACAUUUUUUACAAUCAGUUUGUCUCCUAGCCUCCACAAAGCAGCCGGAAAUGUGAAGCAGGUUUUCCUCUGUGCUGCUGCAUCUCUAUGGAUGUGUUGUGAAGCAGUGUUGAAAGGAUGUACCAACUUGGAUGUCUUGGCUGUUACAAGCCAGCCCUGACUGAGUCUAUACACUGGACAUGUACAUUAAUACUUGUCACAAGACAAUACGGUCACAAACUUCAAGAUAAACAGAUGAAUACAGUGUGUGCAGCUCUGGCCAUAACAUCAUGUCUGCAUUGAAACUUGUUUCCCCCACCCCAUUAAUAUGAGCUUCUUAUAUGCCCAGCCAAUAACAAGAACCAUAGCCUGGCCAUUAUAGUUCUUGUCCUCAGCUGUUAUACAAUUGGUGUGAAUUGAAUGAUCCAGUGUCAGAUGAUGUUUUAACACUUACUGUAGAUAUCAAACACAGGCGGAGAAUUCUGCCAAAGCAAAGCCAAGCUCUGUGAAUGUAACUUACUUGGUGUUUAUAUUACAAUCAGAUGAAGAAUGUUUCUCACCACAUUUUCUUUCAUCCCUUUAACAUGAUUACAUAAAAAUCCUUCCUGUGAAAUAUUUAAAAAAAAAAAAAAAACAGUAUUGUGUGUGUGUAUAUAUAAACAGUCCUCUUUUGCACAAAGGAUUAAUCUUUGUCACUGUAACUACAAACAUUCUCUCUGUAAAUGCUAUUUGUGUUAACCAUGGCUCAUGUACAGUAAUGUUACCAAAUCUAUCUCAUGGAUGUAUAUAGAUAUCUGUGUCUACAUGGAGAAAAUACCGAGUAGAUUUGUCCAUGCAAUCCAUUUUUGUUGCUGCAAAAAUAUUUUAAGCCUUUAGGUUCACUGCUGAUACAGUACAAAGCUGCAAUGAGAACCCUAAAAGCCAUGUCUUUUGUCUACCCAUCUAAAGAAAGGGCCUUAAAAUCAUAAAAAUACAAGGAAAAAAAAAACAACUCAACAAUAUAUAUAUAUAUAUAUAUUAUAUAUAUAUACACACACACACAUAUAUAUAUAAUAUAUAUAUAUAUAAAAUUAUCAAACCAUAAAGUUUGUCAGAAAUGUCUGCAAACAAAAAGCGUGGUGGCAGUAGCCGUGUCUCAAAGGCUGAGCAAGCACUAAAGAGCAGCAGCGGUAAUGGCAGACCAGGAAGGUUGGUGGUAGAGUCUGGAGAAGAUACUCCCAAGUCAGUGGAGAAAUCUUCCUCAAAGUCUAGUGAAAGCGUUGGAAAUCAAACCCCAAAGACCUCUGUGAAUGCUGGAAAAGCUGUUCGUAAAGCUGGACGCCCUCGAAAGCCUCGCGACGGUGAUGGCAGUACACCAGCAACUUCCACAGCCCUACAGAACCCUGCCACUCUUUCUACCUCUGGUCCGCUGUCAUCUGUUGGUGCCAAAAAAAGAGGCCGAAAAGCCAAGAAUCCCGAAUCUGCAGUUUCCACUGGGAGGAAAAAGAGUAUUAAUAAACGUGCCCUUGAAAUUGUGGAUACUUCGAAAGCAGCAAUGGAGAAGUUACAAAAGAAAAAACCCAAAGGAACAAAGUUGUUGGCCACAACAAAAAGUAAAAAAAUAGGGAAAGUUUACACAGAAAAGGGAAUUCUUAGCAAAGUAAAGAAGGUUUGUCCAACAGAAAGCAAAGGCGCUAACAAGAAAGCUGCUAAAGAACUACAGUCUGUAAAUAAUAGUAAACUAAAAUCUUCAACUUUGCAUAAAGUUCUCAAAGGUUCUAAAACAAAGAAAUUGUUUUCAAACUCUGAAACUGAUACCAGUGAAAGCAGCAAAAUGCCAAAAUCCAAAAAACUAGGGCACAACAAAGACAGUAGCGGGACUGGGCUUAAAAAGGUUAAGCUAAAAACUUUGAUUAAGAUGAAAAAAUCUGGUAGUCAGCCAGGUAGGAAACGCAAAAUACCUCAAGCUGAGUGUGAAGAUUCUAAAAAGAAAACCAAAGCCAAAAAAAUUGUCCAAAGUACUCCGGCCAUUAUCUCAAAACGGAAGUGCAAAAGUAAAAAAAAUGACAAUCCAGAAAGCGAGAACAAAGGCCAGUUGGUGAUAAAGAAAAAACCAGGUCCUGUGAAAGGAAGUAAAAAGGCUGUCCCAAAGACUUCUGCACUUGAUACUAGCAGUAAAGUACAGAAACUGAAGAAAUCGUUAUCGGAUAAAUUAAAAAUUAAGAAAUAUAAGAAAGUGAAAGAUAACCCGUCUCCGCACAGACUUAGUGGCGCUGAAAACGUGGUUCAGCAAUCCAACAAGUUUGAAUCAGCCGAUAAUAGUAGAAUAUGUGAAACAAAAGAUAUCUGCUUCUCAAAGACAUCUCCACUUGAGUCAGGUACACCUACGAAUGGAGCAGAAAGUUCUAAAAGACUGGUGAAAACUACACUGGACAGUCAUAAAUUGAAUGUUCAGGGUGUCCAUGAAAGUGAAAUAUCCGAUUGUUUCAAACAAGGAGUUAAUGAGGAUUCUAUCAACAAUGUCGUAGAACUGGCUGACAUGUCUAACAGUGAAGGACUCAAUACUGUCUUGGUGCCAAACAAGACCAAAUUCCUCAACUCUUCGGUGACUGAUGUUACGGACAGCGAAGAUGUAAAUACACAAAGCACAAUAGACAGUGAGGAUGUCACUACGCGAAGUACUCUCGAUAGCGAGGAUGUGAAUACUCAGAGUACCGUGGAAAGUGAUCGAGUGACUACUCCUUGUACAGUUGAUAGUGAGGCAGUCAAUACUCCAGGUACUGUUGAUAGUGAUCAGGUUAACACACCAUAUACCAUAGAUAGUGAAGAUAUAAAUACUCAGAGUACUGCAGACAGUGAGAGGAUCAAUACUCCUUGUACAGAAGAAAGUGAAAACGCCAUCCCUCCGCUUUCUGUUGACAGUGAGGAGGUGAACACCCCUUGCAGUGUCUUCAGUGAACAGGUGAACACCCCUUGCAGUGUCCUCAGUGAACAGGUGAACACUUCCUGCAGUGUAGAUAGUACAGAGGCUGCAAUGCCAAGCUCAAUAGAAAGUGAACGGAUUAAUACACCUUGUUCGAUUGAUGCUGACGAUCCCAGCAGUUGUGAACUGGUAGCUUCAGAUUUGAAGGCUACUCCUGUUGUCAGUUCCCAGAGUCUAGAAUACAACACUGUGGAAUCUUCGAAAACCCCAGUUAAUCUGAAGGUGGAAGAUAAUGUGUGUUCCAAUCAGACGUUAAGUAGUCUUGAACCGAAGUCACCAGCGGCAGCAGCAGCGGCAAGUGUGGAACCAUCAAUUUUACUUGAUAACCAAUCCAAAGAAGUGAUAAAUACAGGUAGACAGAGUUCACUUCCAAACUCAGAAAGUUCUGAACCAAACCAAGCUGACUGCCAGUCGUUUCCCAACCAGUCCAAAGUUGAAGUGGAGGAUGACAUUUAUGCCAAACCAGCAAGCUCUGUGGAAAUGAGUCCUUUACUUUUGGAACUUUCCCCUGCUGAAAGUGACAUAAACGUAGUUGAUGAUGUCGAGGUUGUUGAUCCCACUAACACAUCACCAACUGAACCAGAUCUGUCUACAGACAAUCAGGCAGAUCUUGGCUCAGAGUUGAUUCGCAGUCCUGUUUCACACAGUAAGAAAGCUUCCGAGCAGUUGCUGGAAAUGCAACAUUCUACAGAAGAAAAUCAUGGAGAUUGUUCUACGUUUUCAGCACUGAAGGAGAAAAACUGCGAUGACUCUUCGGUGUUUACUGUUCAGGCAAAACUUGUGUCUUCAAAUCCAUCAGUUGAAUUAGUUUCAGAUGCCACCAGUUCUAUGCCGGUGUUUUCAUCAACUGUUAGCAAAGAUCUUCAAGCAACAAAUGUUGCAGCCGUAUUUAUUCCCUCUGCAAAGGCUGAGGACGAAGCUUACAGAUCUAAAUGCUGCACCAAUGAUGUUGGAAAUCUUGCAGAACCAGUGCAAAAAGAACUUGCUAUUGCUGCAGAAGAUAGUAAAGAAUCUGUGACUGAUGAAGUGUUGGAAAAGUCAGCAUGUGUCAAUAUGCCUGGCUUGGUGUCUGUCAUCUCAAGACCUUCCAUUAUUUCUUCAAGUAAAACAGACAUUAUUAAACACCAGCAGCAAACUAACCCAGCUGAUAUACAUAAUCUACACGAAGACAACAAGAAACCAUUUCAACCCCAGUUCCCUGUCAAAGAGAAAAACAUUUUUGCCUCGUUUGCUGAACUUGAUCCCAAGCUUCACGAAAAGCCUCUGUCUGUAAUCCGAGCAACAGCAAAUCCAGAAGCUAGUGUUUCAGCUUCACUGGUGAUGGAGAUGUUAUCACCACCCCCAUCUUCCACCUUCAAACUCUCAAACUGCACUUCUGUAUUGAGCAAGAUCUCGAAAUGUAGCACCGAUGUAGACACGUGUAGUCCUGAUGGAAAUAAAUCAGCCACUAAAAUCCUGCAGGAUCUUUCUUCAUCUGAAACUGUUCCGACCAGAAUUCAAUCACCACCACCACCGGAAACAAUUUCUCACGGCUCUUCAUUCUUUGAAAGUAAAAUGAAUUACGUAAAGGCUACGGAGACAGAGACUUCAGCCUCACCACCCAGAGCUGGUGAGGAAUGUCAUAAAAUCACAUCGUCACACACUUAUUCGAAAUUUGCUGAAGAUUUGCCUGAUCAGAGAAACCUGCUGAAAGUUAUCUCCCUUGAGCAACCUUCCUCUGGUGGUGAGCCACAACCUGCUUCACAAGCAACACCAUUGUUACUUGGAAGUAAACUGUCAGCAAAGCAAAAGGAUGAUCAACCUCCAGCAACUGAAUUGGAUUCCACAUCUGAUGAACAGAAAGUUGUUGAGAGCAGUUUGAGUACGAAAAUACAAUGGCAGCCAAAUGCUGUAGCCGCCAUGUCUUCUGAUGCCAAAGAGUUGGACCCUAACAUAGCGUCUGUGAUCAAAUGUAGUGAUGGUGCCAACAAGUCUGAUCCAAUUAAACUGUUCAAAGAGCAAAUCAUUAAGAAUGAAAUUCCUAAUGAAUCGCUUCAAAUUAAGACUUUACCCAGUAAAGAUAAUUUGUAUUCUCCUUCCAGUAUUGUUGCCACGGCUGCGUCUGAAAUUGACUUAAAUUUGAACACUGCAGCAUGUUCUGCUAGCUUUAAAGAUGAACGUGGUUUACCCUUGGAUACAGCUUCUGUCAAACUUGAUCCAGACAAGCCUACGGAUAAUGACAUUUUCAAAGUUAAUUCUGAUUUACAAAAAGAUACAGUUAAUCUUAAAGAUGAUGCUGAUACACAGUCAGAUUCAGCUAGUCCUAAAACAGAUCCUUAUAUGCAAUCAGAUGAGGAUAGCCCUCAAGUCAACUCUGAUGUGCUAUCAAAUGAAGAUAGCCCCAAAGAUGAGCCUGAUACAAUACUGAAUGUAGAUAGCCCCAAAGAUGAGCCUGAUACAAUACUGAAUGUAGAUAGCCCUAAAGAUGAGCCUGAUACAAUAUUGAAUGUAGAUAGCCCCAAAGACGAGCCUGUUACACUAUCAAAUUUAGAUAUCCCCCAAAAUGAGUCCAACACAUUAUCAAAUGUUGAUAGCCCCAAAGAUGAACCUAAUGCAUUAUCAAAUAUAGAAAGUACCAGAUAUGAGCCUGGUGUAUUAUUAAAUGUAGGUCACCCCAAAGUUGAGCUCAAUACAUUGUCAGAUCUAAGUAUUCCUAAAGAUGAACCUGGUACAUUGUCAAAUGUAGAUAGCCCUAAACAUGUACCCAAUGCAUUAUCAAAUGAAGAUAGCCCCAAAGAAGAGCCUGAUACAUUAAUAAGUAUAGGUAGCCCCAAAGAUGAGCCCAAUAUAUUAAUAAAUAUUGAUAGCCACAAUGUUGAACCUAGUAUAUUAAUGAAUGUAGGUAGCCCCCAAAAUGAGCCAGAUACAUUGCCCAGUGUAGGUAGUCCCAAAGUUGAACAUGGCACGUUGAUAAAUGUCAGUAGCCCCAAUGAUGAACCCACUACAUUAUCGAAUGUAGAUAGCCCCAAAGUUGAACCUGACACAGUAAUAACUGUCAGUAGCUCCCAAAAUGAACCCAAUACAUUAUCAAAUAUAGGUAGCCCCAAUGAUGAGCUCAAUACAUCAAUAAAUGUAGGUAGCCCCAAUGAUGAGCCCAAUACAAUAAUAAGUGCAGGUAGCCCCAAAGGUGAGCCCAAUACAAUAAUAAAUGCAGGUAGCCCCAAAGGUGAGCCCAAUACAUUAUCAGUUGUUGGAAGCCCUAGAGAUGAGCCCAGUGCAUUAUCUAUUGUUGAUAGCCCUAGAGAUGAACCUAAUGCAUUAAUAAACGUUGGUAGCCCUAGAGAUGAGCCCAAUACAUUAUCAAUUGUUGGUAGCCCUAGAGAUGAGCCCAAUACAUUAAUAAAUGUUGGUAGCCCUAGAGAUGAACCCAAUACAUUAAUAAAUGUUGGUAGCCCUAGAGAUGAGCCCAAUACAUUAAUAAAUGUUGGUAGCCCUAGAGAUGAGCCCAAUACAUUAAUAAAUGUAAGUAGCCCCAAAAGUGAGCCUGAUACAUUAUCAGUUGCUGUUAGCCCUAGAGUUAAGUCCAAUACAUUAGUAAAUGUAAGUAGUCCCAAAGAUGAGCCCAAUACAUUGUCAGUUGUUAGUAGCCCCAAAGAUGAGCCCAAUACAUUGUCAAUUGUUGGUAGCCCCAAAGAUGAGCCCAAUACAUUAAUAAGUGUAGGUAGCCCCAAAGAUGAGCCCAAUACAUUGUCAAUUGUUGGUAGCCCCAAAGAUGAGCCCAAUACAUUAAUAAGUGUAGGUAGCCCCAAAGAUGAGCCCAAUACAUUGUCAAUUGUUGGUAGCCCCAAAGAUGGACAUGAUACAUUAAUCAAUGCAGAUAGUCCCAAAGAUAAUAAGUCUGAUGUAUUAUCAAAUAUAAAUAGCCCCAAAGAUGAGCCCAAUGCAAUAUCAAAUACAGACAGUCCCAAAGAUAAGUCCAAUACUUCAAUAAAUGAAGGUAGUCCUAAAGAUGUACCUGAUAUACAAUCAGGCGCAACAUGCCCCGAAAUUGACCUCAGUAUGCAGUUUGAUGUAACUAACUCCCAAGUUGAUGCUAAUAUGCAAUCAGAUUCUGAAUGUUCUAUGGAUGUGCAGUUGGAUGCAACUAAUUCCGAAGUUGAUGCCAAUUUGCAGUCAGGCUCAGCUUGCUCUCGAGUUGAACUUGACAUGCAGUUGGAAGUAACUAACCCUGCAGCUAACCCCAUUAUGCCUCUGUCUACAGCAGAUGAUUUGCAAAUGAAUUCAGCAGCUUCCAAAGCUGAUGGUGGCUCUCAGUCGACUGUGACUGUUGUUAAAGUCAAUUCUGCUGCUUAUCAAGACAAAUGCAGUCCUGACGUGAAGUCAGAUGUUACUGACAACACAAACACUCCCCCUCCUGCAUCUUGCGAGCCAUCUUCCCCUGUGGUUGCUUCAGAGAAUAAAUCUCUUCAGCAGAAUCAGUCUCCAGUCGCUGGAGAUAAAGCAGAGCAGUUCAUCAAAAAAACAUCAAAGCCUUCGGAUCAAUGCCAACCAUGUGAAGUGAACGAUAGUUCUCAGUCCUCUUCGUUAUUUCCACCUCAUCAAACUUCAUCAUCGUCAUCAUCAGUAUCAUCUGUAAUACUUCCAUCAUCAUCGUCAUCCUCAUCCUCCUCAUCAUCAUCCUCAUCGGCAUUGUCAUCAUCAUUGCCAUCAACAUCAUCAUCAUCAUCAUCAGAGCUACUGACUCAUGAACAAUCACCUAGCUUAGCUCUAUCAGAUAUGCCUUCUCAAGAACAGAAACUACCAUUGGUUAUAAGGUUUAAUGAUUCAUCUAAUACAUGUGAUGUGAAAAGUGACGAGGAGAAGGAAGGAAAAUCCAGUGUCAAAGCAGAGGCAACCAGUGUUGUGGUGGCAGAGAAGACGGAUGUGGAAACGAAGAUCAGUGAAGAAAAUGCAGUUAGUUCUGUAGAGUCUUUGAAUGACUCAAACGUAAAUGGCAUUCCUGAAAGUAUAGGCAAUGGCAAUGAACCUCCUCCUGAUAUCAAGGCUUCUAGCCUUGAUCCUUCAUCAAAUCUCAGCUGUAGUAGUGAUAGUAGUAAUAGUAACAGCAAGACGUUGUCUACUAUGGUGACUGUUACUUCAUCAUCUAUGGCUAGUCCAUCAUUGUCGAAAUCUGAUGAGGCUUCUGUGAUACAUAGUGAAGCCUCCUCCGAUAGUGCAGUACCUUCCUAUAAAAAGAACCCUGGUGCCUUGAUACAAAAUCCAACAAACACAACAGAAUCUUUGGCUGCAUUUUCUUUGAAUUCUGCCCCCGUUAAAAAGGAGACUCUUACUGUCCCCCCAAUCAAGAUAAAGGUCGAGUCUGAAGCAACUCCAUCGGACUCUUUGUCCCAUUUGUCAACCUCCAUGGUGAUAGCUCCAGCCGCUGCUCAAAGAAUUCUCUCGUUAGCAACUCUGGCCAACAAAGUCACUCUGAAAUCUAGCCAUGCCACACCAGCCAUUAAGAAAUCAAAAUCAGAAGAUUCUGAAAGUGGCAAUUUGUUAUUGAAAGGAGAGACAGGUGGUCACCUGGUGGAAAGCGAAGAUAACAGUGAAAGCGUGGAUGAAAGAGUUUCUGGUUCAAAGAGCAGUGCUCCAGCUCCCCAUAGGGUUGUGAGUGGAGAUUUAACCGACCAUUCGAAGGCGGCCACAGUUGCCGCUCCUUCAGAUAAAGUUCCUGAAAGAGAUGUUUCUGGCUCAUCAGCAUCUACAGAAUCUCCAAACAUUGAGAAGCCUCCUCUUGGCAAUGAUGAGGAUAACCUCUCCAGUGUUGAAUUAGGGAAAACCCCUACAGCUACCGACUUGGACAAGGGCUCUGCAGAGAACACUAACAACAGUUGCCUGAAAUCUCCAAACUCCACUUCUAACCCGCAGCUUGUUUGUGACCCUUCUCCGAAAGAGAAGGACAGUGAAGAGCAAAGAAAAGGUUCUAGUUGUCAGGUUACUGUUGACCUGUCCGUCUCGGUCAGCAUCGAGCCCCCUCCCACUCCCUAUCCUCCCCUCUCCAUAUCUCCAAAGGCAUCUCAUAAGAACAUAGAGAUGAGCAAUGAGAGAACUGAAAUGAGGUCAUCCCCCCCUGAUGAUAAAUCCAGCUCCUUAGCUGCAGUUAAUAAGCCAGAUGUGGAAAUAGUCAAACCACAGCUGAAGCCAUCAUUUGCUAUCUUUGACAGCUGCCUUGUGUGCAUAAUUUGCCGGAAGAUGUGCAAAAGUAAGAAAUCUUUCCAGGCGCAUGUGUGGUGGCAUUUUCAUGCUUGUAGUCGGAUGUGCACCCAUUGUCUGCCUCCUCCAGAACCCAUCAGUAUUAAUAACCAACACAAACUUCAGCUGAAUAAGUGCCCUUAUGUGAUGGAUGUUAUGGUUAAGAUAUGUCGCACUCUUAAAAAGAUACGUCAGGCGAAGCUGCAGUCUGGCAAAGACCAGGUUGAACGUGAAAAAACAUUUGCAGAGGAGGAAACUGACACCGAGAGCGUGGAUCUAGACUACGACUUGAACAACGGUGGUAGUGGUGGCGGUGGGGAAAACAGUAGCAGCAGCAAGAUGGCGGAUCUGUCACUGACCGCAGCACAAGUUGACAGCAGCCAGUCAAACAACCAGAAAUCCAAUGCAACCGAUGACAACAGUAUAUUUGCCCCGGCAAACGUUGAGUAUCUCAGGUCCCUCUACUCCAGUGGUAGUAACAGCAAAAAACGGACUAAAAAGUCUUCUUCCAGUGGCCCGAACCACCACCACCACCACCACCAUCACCACCACCACCACCAUAGUUCGUCCUCGUCGUCUUCUUCGUCCACCUCCUCAUCUGUGGUAAACUCUUCAGUGUCGUCUUCCCACAAGAAAGGGGGUUUCUAUGUCUGCGGUUUUCAGUACUGUACUUACUCCUGUAUGAAUUGUCUUCAGUUCCGUCUGCAUCUCCAGCAGUGUCAUAACUUUGAAACUGUGUUUCCUUGCUACCAUUGUGGCCAGCUGAAUUAUUCAAAAGAUGACCUCAUCAAACACAUGUACAAUCAUUCAAAUGCGCGAGAUUUUCUGCUAUUUCGAUGUUGGUUCCCUCGGUGUCGGUUUGGUACAAACAUGCUUCAAGAGUUUCACGAACACAACAACAUUUUCCAUGUCGGUGAGUUAGUGUUUACCUGCUUCUACUGCAACACGGAGUUCCCCGAACUAUCUGAACUGCUCAACCAUCUCCAGUCUAAUUUGCUGAAAUUUGUACAAUGUCCUCACUGCACUGUGAAGGACCGAAACCGAAGGACUGUUUUGAACCACAUAUCUACCGAACACCCACUGAAACCAAAGCAAAUUGUGGUUACCUGCCAAGUUGUAUGCAAAAAGAAGCAAACUGUCUCCCCUGAUGCUAGUGAGAUACUGCACAAUCAGCAUCUUAAACUAAACCAGUCUCUGUCCGAAGAACGAAUACUGGAAUGUAUUAAAUGUGGCCUGAUCUGUCGUAACAUAGCAACAUUACGGAAACACUCCCGCGUCUGCCUCCGAGACGCUCUUUCCAAGAAAACAUUCAGCUCACCGAGAGAGAACAAUUUAACUAUGAUCUACUCUUGUCAAUGGUGUAGUUUCCCAGCAGCCUCUGAUACGAUGCUUUUCCAGCACACUGUUGACCAGCAUCCGGGCAAGAAUGCCAAUUUUGAGCAGAUUGAGCUGAAGGCACUUGACUCAGGAUAUGGUGAAUAUGAAAACCUCUCUAGAAUGUCGUCUUGGCUUGAAGCAACCAAGAGUGAAGCUAUCAUCUGCCCUUACUGCAAAGUUGGCUUUGAUGAUGAACUCCAGUGGAGUGAACACAUGGAGCACGAACACAACCACGAAGAGCAUAUAGUCAAAGAAGAGGAUGAUGAUGAUGACGACGACGAGGAUGGCCAUUUAUCAAAGUACCGAUGUGAUUUUUGUGAAUUUAACGGUAUUUCUGAAAAGGAUCUCUUAGAUCACCAGCAAAUGAUGACUAUAUCCGAGGGUCCAGACGGACUGCACAGAAGGGUUGUUGACCUCGCAAAUGUAACACCAAAAGUGACAAUGUUAACGGACACCAAGUUAACUGUGAGUAACGUUCAGUCAUUCAAGAAGUUCAAGAGGUCACCAAGUAAAAAGAUGAACAAUGCAUUCUUUAAGUGUUCUGGCUGCCACUUCCGGAGCUUGAGCAAGUGGCAAUCAUUGCGACACGUGAAGCAUUGUUCCCUUGCAAAGCGACGCCUCUCAGAAUAUAUGAAGAAAAGAGGGUCAUUCGUUAGCCGAGAUGAAGUGAAGGCAGAUAUGGACAUAUACAAUUUCCCAGAAAGCAACUCUGGAUCAUCGUCUUCGUCGUCUGAGCGAUUGAGUUUCACUGCUGCCAGCAGUGAUGAGCUUCGUAAUCAAAAGAGUUCUCGAAUGAUGUCAUACAUGCGGGACAAACAGAUGAACCUGAUGGCCAAGGAAGGUAUUAUUGACUGCACAGACAGCGAGGGAUACAAGUGUUCAAUUUGUAAACAUACUGGCAAAACAAUGAUAAACAUUCGGCAGCAUCUGUGGAAAACUCAUCUGAAACUAAAACCCGUUCGUUGUCCUUGCUGUCCAUUCACGUCCUGGAAGAACUACACCCUGGAAAAGCACAAGAUCAGCAAGCAUCAUCAUUCGCAUCCUAACCUCUCUGAUCAAGAGAUGAAAUCGCUGGCUCAGAAUCUCCAAGGAACCACAGAUGGUCUCGUUGAAUGUCAGCUCUGUUUCUACAAGAGUCCCAGUCCAUAUAAAGUACGAACACACCUCUGGCGAACGCACAUGCACCUUGAAAUGAAACAGUGUAGGUCCUGCUCUUAUAAGUGUUGGUAUUGGUACUUAAUGAACAUGCAUCGACUGUCGCGACACAAAAUAAAGGUAGACCAGAAUAGCACGAAAUAUCAGCAGCAGCAACAGCAGAAGAGUCAAAACGAAAACAAAAAUAUGCUUGAAGGCAAUGGUGAAUCCAAAACUGAUGAAAAAAAUUCGUAUAAACCAAAUAGUGGUGACAAUGCCAUGUCUGACGAAGACAUGAGUCAACUAGCUAAAGAGUUGAUGGCGCGAAAGACUGAUAAUAAAUACGAAUGCACUAUAUGUAAAUAUGAAUGCACACGCAUUAUGAUAAUGAAAAUCCAUAUCUGGAAGCGCCAUUUGAAUGUAAAACAACGCAAAUGCCCAUAUUGUCCGUACACUUGCUGGCUAGAAACGCGUUUGGCUCAACAUGUCUGUCGGAUUGUAGUAGCCAGCUCUUGUGAUGUUAACUCCGAUGGUGGCGGCGGUGGUGAUGGUGGUGCCACAGGGCCAAUACAGGACUCCAAAUCUCGGUGGGUGAUUUCAAAAGCAGAUGAACAUGGUUGCAAGUUAUAUAUUAAUAAAUCAAAGCGUCCACACAAAAGACUAUCGUUUGAAGAGUUCGGAAGGCCGUGUCCAAAGAAAUUCCGAUCACUUUCCGAAGGCGGGGCUGCCAAUGGGAGUGCUGAUAACAGUGUUGAUGGCUUAGAUGACUCUGAGAAUACCUCGAGUUUUACCGCCACCUCAACUGUGGCAACUUUUGUCAAGGGAAGUAAGAACUUUUCUUGGAUCCGACAGAAGCACGAGAAGUCUGUUUCUCAAUCUUUCUUCCGCGUUAAUGACAAAAAACUUUUUGCACGCACCACAGACCGUUUGAACCAGUUGGAAAUUUAUACGUGUGUUUUCUGUAGCUAUAAGUCCUGGAAUAUGGAGGCAAUGUGUCACCAUACUUACAAACAUAAGCUACAGUGUGGUUACUGCUUGUUCAGAGCCUACAGCCGGAAGAAGAUUGCUGAUCAUAUUGAUGAAUUCCAUCAAGCACCACUGAAGAUUGUUGUAGAUAAAAACUUCAAGAAAUACCAAAUGGUAUUUCCUUCACUGGGUGCCAGCAGAGAAAAGUUCCGUAGUAAGGGCAUGACAGACAUGUACCGUCACCGAAGAGCAAGUGGCAGUACCAGAAACAAAGUUAUCAACCUUGACGACUCCGAUGAUUCUGACGACUCCGAGUCGACGUCUGACUGGCGGCCUUCCUCCGAGAGCGAUGACGAUGAUUACAUCACACGAUACUGCUGUUGUUAUUGUUCGAUGCGAACACAUGACUAUGAGCGCUUCCGUAAGCAUAUUGCUAAACAUUCCAGAAGCUGUGAGGAGCUUCAGUGUCAAAGCUGCUCAUACCGUACGCAUGAUACGUACAAGUUUGAGCAUCACCUCAAGAAGCAUCCAAGGGAGCAUUUUUGUGGCUACUGCAACUUCUCGUCGAUGCAAGAGUCCUUUGUGCAGCUGCAUGUUCGGCGAUUGCAUCCAAAAAAACCAAUUCAGAUUCAUAGUCGUAGCAAAGCUGCUGCAGCCAGCAACAGGACUCUGCCAUCUGCGGUGGUGCCAGCCAAUUUCAAUGUGCGUGUUGUUCUUAAAGACUUCCUGGCACUUGACACUCUGGAAUUUGAUUCCUUAAUGAAAGCCAAUUUCAUUCACAGCAUUGAUCUUGAAGACAUUGUUCUUGAAGAAGAUAAACUGUUGUCUGUAUUGUGAUCUCUCCAUCACUCCUCCUCCUCACCCUCCUCCUCCUCUCUGAAGAAGAGGGGUGGUUUUAACAAACAAACAAACAAACACACCCUUUCCUAGCCCCUCCCCCCUGCUGUACAUAGUACCAUUGGUUGAUAAUGUAGCCAAAUAAAAGUCUAGACAAAUACUAUAACCAAGAUGGAGAAAAAUAAGAAAAAACAAAAAAAAAAAAAACUUGGUUGGCUGAUGAACUUACAAAAAAAA